ACCCGCCAUGCCGCUGCAGGGAGCGGGGGCUGCCAGGCCCCAGGUUGCCGGGCGCGGGCCGGCAGCCGCCGCCGCCUGCUUCUCCAGGCCUGGGGCUGCGGUUUAAGCGCCGGGACAAAGGCCGCCGGGCCGCGGCAGCGGGGAGCUGGGCCGCGCGAGUGAGAGCACCUGAGAGAGGGGCGGGGAGCUUCGCCGGAACCUGUGUCGAGGCUCCUAGCGGCCCGGGGACGCUUUCGCAGGACGCGGAAGCGGCUCGGUGCGGAGCGGCGGGGAGCGCCGGGCUGAGCGCGGAGCCUCCGCGGAGCGCAGCGGGAGCGCGGCCCCUCCCGGCGCCGCCGCCAUGUCCUCCGACUUCGAGAGCUACGAGCAGGACUUCGCGGUGCUGACGGCCGAGAUCACGGGCAGGAUCGGGAAGGUGCCGAAGCUGGUAGGAGAUGAGAAGAAGCAGAUGGUUGCAAAUGUUGAGAAACAGCUCGAAGAAGCAAGGGAACUGCUUGAGCAGAUGGAACUUGAAGUUCGAGAGAUCCCACCUCAAAGCCGAGGAAUGUACAGCAGUCGAAUGAGAAGCUACAAACAAGAAAUGGGAAAACUUGAAGCUGAUUUUAAAAGGUCACGGAUUGCCUACAGUGAUGAGGUGCGGAAUGAGCUCCUAGGGGAUGACGGGAAUUCCUCAGAGAACCAGUUGAUAAAAUUACGUGAAGAGAGGGCACAUCUGCUCGAUAACACAGAGAGGCUGGAAAGGUCAUCUCGGAGACUAGAGGCUGGAUACCAAAUAGCAGUGGAAACCGAGCAGAUUGGACAGGAGAUGCUGGAAAACCUCAGCCAUGACAGAGAGAAAAUCCAACGUGCUCGGGAAAGGCUUAGAGAAACAGAUGCAAACCUUGGGAAGAGUUCCAGGAUUUUGACGGGAAUGUUGCGAAGGAUCAUCCAAAACCGGAUUUUGAUCGCUAUUCUGGCAGUCAUCAUCAUCUUCACCACCAUGAUGGCUAUUUUUUUGUCUGUCAGGGGACGCUGAUAUCUUUGUUCUUCAGUAAACAGCAACAAACUGCUUGUUCUGAGUAAUUAAGACAAAGUGGUCACAUGAAUCAUUCUCUUGCACUGACAGAGUCUUGCUCUCUUUUCCACUCUUCAACUCAGGUGCAAGUGGUGUAAAGAAUUUUCUAUUAUUGAUGGCAUAGUUGAUGGCAUGUGGAGUUGAUUAUUUUUUCUUACAUUUUGUGUCUUUAUCUGAGUGUUUUGAGAAUCUUAGUAUUUGUUGGGGUGAGGGCUUGUUCCGGUGUAAAAAGAUUUAACGCGUGUCAAAUUCUCCCCCAGACAAUUAGCCUGUAAGUUGCCAGAGUUUAGAGAGGGAAGAGGAGUCUUUACACUUUUCUUGUGUUAUGCAGGGUGUAUGAAUAUCAAGCAGUAUCUGGCCUUCUGUGAUACAGAAUAUAAGUAAAGCCAAGACCAAAUGAUGUAGAAAGUGAACCUGUCUCUAGUGACUAACUCCGCAAUCAUGAAUUAUCAUAAUAGAUUUAACCUGGUUAAGAACAGUAGUUAUUUUAAAGAGAGCAACUUUAGGAUGAUGUUUAAUACCUGAUGUGAAUCCAACACUCUAUUUAACCUUUUUUUUUUUUUUUUUUAAAUUAAGUUUUCUAUACUUCUUAUUCAAAACAAUUCCACUUUCCUCAAAAUCAUGAUAAUACAUCUCUUACCCAAAAUGUAGCUGUGACCACAGUCCAUCUGCUGAGCCUGUUUUAAAUCUUCCAGUGUUGAUACAUGUACCGAUAAGCAUACACACUAGGCCCUUACUGAAGAUGUGUAAUGAUACUUAUCUAUUCAUUGCUGAUUGAAAAGAGAUCCUAAGUAAUAGUUCAGUGACAAAUAUGUGAUUACAGUGCAUUAAACAAAAAUCUAGAUUUUUAAUAUUGGCCUGACUAUGUUGAGACUGCAUGUUGGAAAUAUUUUUAGUGCAUUAAAUUCUGAUGUGAUAUUCCCCUUUUGAAACAGAAACUGUAAAAACGUUAAUUUAUACAUGCUUUUAGCUGAUAUAAUAUAUCAUAGUUUCAUCUACCUGUGUGUAAAUGAGCUGUGUUUCUCUUUUGCUAUUGGCUGUGCCUCCCCUGUAGACAGGUCUAGGUCAUUUCGCUUAUAAUUAAUCUUACAACUCCAGCAAAGGUCUCUCUCUGGUAAUGUGGUGAAGUAAUUUUCAUUAUAACUUUUAAAUUCAUUAUAUGCAAUCCCUUACAAAUAUUACAAAUUGAGAGGGAUUUUAAGCCCUUGAACUUAAGCCAUAAAAUCUUUUCAGAGAGAUGUUCAAAGAAACAAAAAGCUGGUGGCUUUCAAACUCCCCUCAAAUUAGGUAGGAACUGAGCACUGAAUUCUCAUGUGUGCCUUAGUACUUUUUGGAAUUUUGGCAUCCUUGAGGUCUCUGCUGACUCGCUGUGCUGUCUCUGGGAUUUGCUGGUACAAAAGCUCGUGGGUAAUCCAGAGCUACGAUUUUGGGAGGUGCUGCUCUCUGCAGUGAAGCUCAGUCAUGUUCAGCAACUCACCUCCAUGGCCCUGCACUACUUCAGGGCCUUGGGACCCUCCUCACCCUCCUGGGGCACCCUCUCCUUUCAUCCUUGUGAGGUGUGUGGUGUUUAUGACGUGGCUCUGGGACACAGAUUGGGGUGCUUAGCUUACAACGUGGAGACUGGCUGGCCUUCAGUCACCACGUGCGCUCAAAUUAAAUUUGGGGUGUGUAAGCAGAGCUCUGGCCCUUAGCUUUGAGUGGUGGCACUGAGCUUAGUUCAGGCAAAUGAGAACGAAGCCUUGGCAUCAUUAGAAAGUAUUUAUUCUCUCCUAAGCAAAUUAAGAGAUGCACAUUUUGUAAAAGCAGAAAACUGUCAAGAAGGAAAUUGUAAGCUCCGUCUGUUGCCUAGACAUUCUCCGCAUUGCCUCAAUAAUUUAACUAUCACGGGGAUUGAUUCAUGGCUACUGAUCUUAACAGUGACCUAUGACUAGGUUUUGCCCUCUAUCUAGCCACCUGCUGGAAUCAGCAAAAAGCUGAAAGGAAGCUAGUUUUCCUUAUCCCAGUAUAAAUCUAGGGCAUAGUGUCACAUCAGAUACAUCCGCUCAGAUGGGAAUGAGGGAGCGAGAGAGGCUGCCACGCAAAGUCUUCAUCUUCACUUUUGAUGAGCCUGCCAUCGCUAUGUUUCUUGUACUAACCUGUUAAUAGCUCCUCUGUGCCUGCUUUGCGUCCUCCUGUACUCCCCUCAUGUAAAAUAGCGCUCAGGUGGAUGUUACGCUCUUCAGAGCAGUGUUGCUGGUCACUCUCCCCUUUUCCUCCAGCUCGGGUGAGAUGCACUAGGUCCAUGCGUUUUGGCGGGGAUUGGGUGACUUUGGUUAAGAGCGCAGCCUGGGCCACCCACGGCUAGGGUGACACCCCCGGGCCCAGCCUUUCCCUGGACUAGUUUGGUCACAUCUAUAGCGCAUCUGUGAAUGAAUCCAAGCGCUUACAAGUGUAAACCUCAAAGAGCGAGAUGUUUCUCAUGUUGCCAGCCUUUGUGGAGAAAUGACAAAUAAAAAAACACCCCGCACGCGUGGUGCUGUGUGCAGAAUUCAUCCUUGCUCAGCAGCUGCACUCGCAGAAUAAAUAAACUAAUUCUAUGCUGAUACAAAAUCAAAAGCAAUUUAAUUAAAGACUCUUAAGUUUUAAAGGGUUUUAAAUGCUAUACAUUUUGGGGAAAUAUCAGAAAAUGUAGCUUGACUGACGUCAGUUCCCAUCUCUGGGAUGGGAAGCCAUUUGCUAUUCUGUUUAAGGCAGGCUGGAUUGUCUUAUUUUGGAGCCAGCUUGGUGGGGGGUUUUCUUUGCUGCUGCUUCAGAGCUCUGAGCUUCAAAGGCUGAAAUUAAUGGUGAACAAAAUUGUGCGGCUCUGACCAUCCCAUGCGGGGCAAACCCAUCGAGGGUUAUCAUUAAGUAAAGAAAUAAAGAAAAAAAAAAAACCUGCCAGUUCCAAAAAAAACCUCAUCAGAUAAUGACCUCUGUGAUUGGGUUUUCAUUACCAAACAGUAUCCAGAGAUUGUCUGCCCCACAGAAGGGAAAAAGAAAAAAAAAAAAAAAAGAAAGAAAAUAAAAAGAAAGAAAAAGCAACUGUGUCUCUCUCUCUCUUUCUCUCUCUCGCUCUCUCUCUUUCCUUUUUUUUUUUGCACAUCUUUUCUUUAAACCUGUCAGAUCAUUUCAGUAUUUCAAAUCCGAGGAAAACAGCCUGCCUGCUGCUGUAUUUGAAGUUGUAAUGGUGUCAAAAAGUCACGACUGACUGACAGCCGUCAGUCCCAGAGGAGCUCAUUAAAUCAUAAAAACUUGACAAGGAAAUAAUUGAGCAUCACUGGCAACUUGGCGCCUGUUUAGACAUUUUUAUUUUCUUUCAUUAUUAGUCCCCACCAUUACGUUCAUUAACAAAUUGCAUUAAACAACUGUUAAGGGCUAA